AUGAUGCAGGACCUUCUAACAUCAACAGCAAAAUGCAGCAGUGGUGGUUCUCCACACCGCGAGAGACGACGACGGGACGAGGACGCGACGACUCCUGGCGGCUUUAGUGCAGCACUGCACAGGACACCUCCCGCACCACCACCAGCGUUACUGCGGAGACUAGGAGUCAAGGAGCCUACUGGAGUUGGAAAGGUCAAGGUGAUGCUUCGAGUAGGUGCAUCAGGUGAAGGACCUUUCACCAGUGGCACACAAACCUUCUCGAUGGACAAACGUAAGAAGCAAGUGAGUCUGUGUGAAACUGCACCAGCUGCCACCGCUCCUGAGGAUCGGAAGGUCGGCGUGGCUGCACCUAAGAUGUUCGCAUUCGAUGCUAUCUUCUCACAGGACGAUGCUCAGUCGGAGAUAUGUUCGAGUGCACUCACUGACGUCAUCCACGCCGUCAUCAACGGAACAGAUGGCUGCCUCUUCUGCUUUGGACACGCAGGACUUGGUAAAUCCUAUACGAUGUUGGGGCGGCCGGACUCGCCGGCGGCGCUGGGCGCUAUACCCUGCGCCAUCACGUGGCUCUUCCGAGGAAUUGCAGAGCAACGACACAAGUGUGGCACCCGGUUCUCCGUCAGAGUAUCAGCUGUAGAACUCUGCACGAACACCAACCAGAUCCGGGACUUAUUGGCACCAUAUCAAAAUGACACGGAACAAUCUCCAGGAGUAUAUCUUCGAGACGAUCCACUCUUCGGGACUCAUCUGCAGAACCAAUCAGAGCUCAGAGUUCACAGCGCUGAGAAAGCAGCAUUUUACUUGGAUGCUGCUUUAGCGACCAGAGGAACUAGAGAGGAGGGGAAAGACAGUCAUCUGUUGUACACACUACAUGUAUAUCAGUAUAGUGUUGGUGGUAAAGGAGCAGUUGCCGGAGGACGCAGCCGCCUGCAUUUAAUCGACCUAGGAAACUCAGAGCGGGGAAAAACAAACGGCGGAAUACCACUAUCUGGUUUAGGAAAUAUAUUACUUGCAAUAUUCAACGGACAAAGACAUCUGCCGUACAGAGACCACAGCCUUACUCAUGUAUUAAAAGAAUGUCUCGGGUCCUUGACAUGUCAUACAGCCAUGAUAGUGCAUGUCUCACCAACCUCUCAAAAUUAUUCUGAUACGUUAACUACCUUACAAUUAGCUUCUCGAAUACAUAGGCUUCGGAGAAGGAAAGUUAAAUAUUCUGCCAAUAACAAUGCUGGAUCUGGUGGAAGCUCUGGUGAAGAUGCUUCGAAGCCUAGUAGUAGUGAACCAGACCCAUCCAGUAGUGAUCUGUCAGCAGAUACUGUAAUAUACGUAGGUCCAUUGGACGAUGCUACUGACGGUGAACAUCCACCCGUGUACAUACCCCACAUAAACUCAGGUGACAACCGAUGUAUCCUAAGUAAAGCCUUACGAGGCUCAGCAGCAGAACAAAAACACAAGUCGUCAUUAUCUCGAGUAGUUGAAGAGAAAAGUCCAGUGCACAGGUUACAUGGAUCUCCCAAAUCAUCACCCUUGAAAAUUUUACAGCCCACACAUACUCCAAAAGCAUCUCCAGUUCAUUCAGUUACAUCUAAAUCAACACCACUUAAGAAACUAGCUCCAAAACAUUCAGAGGAAGGUAAAAGCAAUAGUGAUGAACAAUGGAUAGAUGGACCUCGGAUAUCUAAAUCAAAGUUAGUUGAAGCCAGACAUAUUAUCAAGGAAACACAGGGCAAGAAACGAGAAACUUGGAUUGAUGGUCCGAUGCAGGAACCAAAAGUACCAAUACAAUUUGAAUCAGUGCCAAUACAACCUGCCAAUAAUACAAUGCCACUCCAGUUAGGUAUUCUCGGUUCGCUCGGUAGUGAGAACUUAGGAUACGGAUACAUGGAUAACCAUAAGAAAAAUAUGAUCAGGAAAUGGGUGGAAAAUCAAACUUCACAAAUCCAUAAAUCUAGACACAGCUCACCAAGUCACAAAGCACAAACUGCUCACAAAGAGCCAAGUGCUAGAGCUCCCGAAGAACCCGAAAAUGCUCAUAAAAUGGAGCCAAUGACAAAAGAUUCAGCUAGACGAAUACACGUAGAAGAAUCCACUAUACGAACUGGUCUAAAAGCUAGCUCUAAGGGAAUGUCAAUCGAAGAAGAAAAUGUUGGACCGGGUACCUCUGAACAACAUUCGAAUAAUAAAAAGUGCUCCAAACCAAGUAAACAGGAAAUCGAUGAUGACGAUGACAGCGAAGAGCUAGCAGAAAUACCACCUGCAUUGCCGAUAAUGCAACCCAGUAGUCUAAGUAGUAGAGAAGUAUCAAUGGAAAGUUUAGAUAGUAAAUAUAAAGAAAGGUUACGGAUGGACGAUGAGAUGGUUUCAAACCAUAGCAGGGAUAUUGACCAUCAUGGCAUGAGUAGAGGUCUUAAUGAUGAUGACGAUGAAAUUUUAGAAAUAAUCGAAGUUGAAGAACCUUUAGAACCUGUCCCUAUGAUGGAUUCUUGUCUGCAAGUAACAGAAGAGGAUAUUGCCUUCUGCAUGGGCUUCUCAGAAAAUCCUCUUCCAGAAGUAGACCAAGAAGAUGACGAUCAUCCUCUUAGGAUUCUUAGCCAAGAAAAUUUAACAGUCGCAUCGACUUUCACUGAUACUCUGUCCUUGUACAGUGAGGUUGAACGCCAAAUUAGAAACGAGGCUUACCUUAGACAAACGAUAGGUUUUUACGCGGAUAAAUAUAGCGCCGAUCAUGGACUUGGAUUAAAUCCACACGAUAGUCUACCAUCAUCCCGAUCUAGAAUUGAUGAUAUCAUGAGCUUAACUGAACUCUACGGAUCGCGACGUAUGUUGGAUACUGAUGAUAUGUCACUAGCGCGGAUUGUUCCUCAGUUUCAGUCACUGUCCCUAUCAAACGUUCGAGAUACAGAGGAAUUUGGUGGCGAUGGUUCGGUCUACAGUGAACCAGCUUAUAGACCAAGUGACAAAAUAUGUAACAGUUGCAAACGGACUAUGUCUAGGCCAGGCAGUGCAGUUGGCGAGUGCGAAGCUUACCACGAUUUAGAAGGCCAUACUGAAUGCUACGGGCCUUUCGAAAGAUACAGGGGUAAUGACAUAACAGACGCUCGUAUAGCAUCGCUAAGACACCCAGAUGGAGCUUCUGAUCCUAACUUGAGAGAGGAACGAAGGAUACCCGGUAGUGGAGCUCCUUCGUUUAAAGAACUCAAAUCCAAUUUACACCUCGAAGUGACACCGCCUGUGGUGACGACCGAACCGCGAACGGAGAAAAGUGAUAAAGGAAUAGCUAGGGUGGUUGCUAGUUCCAAACCUGAUGGUUAUGAUAGUGGCCAUGAAUCUACGCCACGGACAGGUAAACAUAGUCCAGCGACGACUUCUAGACGUGCUGAGUCGGGGUAUGAUUCCGUUCCUCGAGACUCCGAUGCUUCCUCUCUCGAUUCGUACCCGACGCGGCGCGCAGCUGUGGCUAGAGCUCACGCAAAAAAGCAUACUACAGCCAAAUACAAACAACACAGCGACCGAUCCUUCUGCUCAUGGCUACGGAACCCCUUCACUUGCAAGUACGCUGACACAGAUCCAGAAAUCAGCGACUUUUAGAACGAAAUCCCAAUGUAUAAAUAUUUAAACUGUAUAAUUCUAAAUAGAUAUCAUUAAGCUACGUUACCGAAUUUAAUCUGGAGACUGCUUUUGUACUCUAGUACUCGUAUUUAUAAAAUAAAUGCUUCGACACUGACAGGUUACCACUGUAUUUUUCUAGAUAUACGGAAGCUUCUAGCUCUGCGCUCUAAAUAUGAUAAUCUAGAUAAUAUUCUAAACACUAUUGUAAAUACAGAUGUUAUGCGAGGAUUGCUAUAACUUGUAAGCGUUCGUCUUCUGCUCAUUUUUGUACUUUUAUACUAUCAUCAUGAAAAUCCUCUAUUCCGAAUGUUGUGAAAUUAUUUCCAAACUGGGAAUAGCUUUUGUACUGAGCUCACUUGUAAAUUAUUCAAAGCAAGUCUUCCUCUGUCUUCCCCUCUCUGUGACAAUUUCAUAUCGAGGACAUUAUUUUCUAUAUCUGCACUGCCACUGACCUCAACGUCGUAAUGUUAUGUACCGCGUCCAUUCCAAUCACUGCUGAGACCUUUUCUGAAUCUCCAUUUUGUAUAUUAAUUCCGAAGAAAGUUUGUUACGCUGUUAUAACAUUUAUGAAACUAUAUUUAACGAUAGUAAAAUAAUACUGUAAGAUUGAACUCAACGAUAGUGAUUGGAAUAGUUUGCGACUAUUUAUAUCAAUGUAACUAAAAAUCUCGUUUCUAGGAUUUAAGACUGUUGUCAUUUCUUUGGCCAUGUUUUAUAUUAUAGCUUUAAAUUUUGAUAUAUUGUAAUAAUGUAAUCGGGAGGUUGACGACCCCGCGUGUCUCCGACGACUCGUCACCUCUAUCGAAUGUUGGUAAACUAAGUUUAACGCUUUAUUGUCAAUGUUUUGUUAUUGUACUAUUAAUAUUACAAAUAUAUAUCCUAAAUUCUACU